AUGAGCCAGCAGAGACCCAGCAGAGACCAGUGUCUCUGCACUGUGGACCCACAGAAUGAAACAGGGGGCGUAGAAUUCCUCCUCCUGGGGCUCUCAGAUGACCCACAAGUCCAAUAUGUCCUCUUGUGCCUCUUUCUGUCCAUGUACCUGGUCACCAUCACCGGAAACCUGCUCAUCAUCCUGGCUGUCAGCUCCGACCCCCACCUGCACACGCCCAUGUACUUCUUCCUCUCCAUCCUGUCCACAGCUGACAUUGGCUUUAUCUCCACCACGGUGCCAAAGAUGAUUUGGGACAUUCACAGUCAGAGCAGAACCAUUUCCCAUGCAGGCUGCCUAGCACAACUCUCUCUUUUUUACCUGUUUGCAUGUUUGGACAGUUUACUUCUCUCAGCGAUGGCGUAUGAUCGCUUUGUGGCCAUCUGUCACCCCCUGCACUACCCUGUCAUCAUGAACCCCCGCCUCUGUUGCUGGCUGCUUCUGCUGUCUGUUUGUUUCAGCUUGUUUGACUCCCAGCUAUAUAUAGUGAUGAUGUCACAGCUCACCUUUUGUACCCAUGUGGAAAUUCCUCAUUUCUUCUGUGAUUUUCCUCAACUCCUCAGGCUGUCCUGUGGAGACACCUCCACUGACAACCUAUUAAUGUAUUUUAUUGCUGUUAUUUUUGGGGGAGUGCCAGUCUCAGGGAUCCUGUACUCUUAUUCCAGAAUCACGUCCUCUGUUUUGAGAGUCUCAUCCACAGGUGGGAGGUACAAAGCCUUCUCCACCUGUGGCUCUCACGUGACUGUUGUUUGCUUAUUUUAUGGGACAGGCAUUGGGGUGUACCUCAGCUCAGCUGUCUCCCAGUCCCCCAGGAAGGGGGCAGUGUCUUCUGUGGUCUACACAACAAUUGUCCCCAUGCUGAACCCCUUCAUCUACAGCCUGAGAAACAAGGACAUCAAGAGGGCUUUCCAGAAGCUUCUCAGUAGAAGACCCGAAUCAUAA